AGACACGGAGGGGCGGGUGCGCGCGCUGGGAACAAAGUUCGGCACGCCGACUCUCCCACCAGUGUGGUGUGUGUUAAUGAUUUGCGAGAAAACAACUAGGAUACAAAAGUUGCUCGGUUUCAUCGCCGUGGACGAACCGGAUUGUUUUCUUUUGGUUUCAAAGCCAAACUGACUCCUGCUCCGGUUUAGGACCCGUGUGCGCGUGCGUUUUUGUUUCUUUUCCCCCGAACACUAGUGGAAGGAAAAGAGAAGCGGAGGACGUGGAUGUGGCCUCGCGCGCACGGGUGGCACGAGCCCGAAUAUGCGGGGUUUAUUUCCACACUGAGUCUCUGAAGCUUCACUCAGCUCGCGCACACAAGGAUUCACCGUGGAAAGUGAGCACUCCAUCUCCAUCUCCAUUUUCACCUGCUCAACAUGGCGGCCUCGGCUUCACAGGUGGACGCAGCCGAGGGCGGAACGAACAACGAGUUUAGCGACAUCAUCAAAUGGCGAUCAGAUGAACACGAUGCCGUACAGAAGAAGACGUUCACUAAGUGGAUUAACGCACAGUUCUCCAAGACGGGGAAGGCAGUUAUUAAGGACUUGUUCUCUGACCUUAAAGAUGGGAGGAAGCUUCUGGACCUGCUUGAGGGCCUCACAGGAACCAUCCUGACAAAAGAACGCGGUUUCACCAGAGUUCAUGCUCUAAAUAACGUCAACCGAGUUCUCCAAGUGCUGCAACAAAACAACGUGGACCUGGUGAAUAUUGGCGGGACAGAUAUCGUCGAUGGGAAUCAUAAGCUGACACUCGGGCUCAUCUGGAGUAUCAUCUUGCACUGGCAGGUUAAAGACGUCAUGAAGGAUGUGAUGUCCAGUCUCCAGCAGACGAACAGUGAGAAGACGUUGUUGAGUUGGGUGAGACACUGCACUCGCGGCCGGAGUGACGUUAACGUGCUGAACUUCACCACGAGCUGGACGGACGGUCUCGCCUUCAACGCCAUCCUGCACCACUUCAGGCCUCAUGCUUUCAGUUGGGACCAGAUUGUGGCUCUUUCUCCAGUCGAGAGACUUGAACACGCUUUCAGUUUGGCCAAAGACGAGCUCAACAUCGAGAAGCUGCUCGACCCUGAAGAUGUGGCUGUGCAGCUGCCGGAUAAAAAAUCCAUCAUCAUGUACGUGACAUCUCUGUUCGCCGAGCUGCCCAACGACGUCACCAUGGACGACAUCCGAGAAGUGGAGACGCUGCCCAGGAAGUACAAGGUGGAGGAGGACCAUCCUGUUAGCACUCAGGGAUCGGCUGGAGCACCGGAGGAGGUGGGCAGAUCACCGGCCGAGAUCUCGGGCACGGACAGGGAUACGGAUAUGGAAGCAGGGACGGAGAUGGACCUGGAAUCCUACCAGGUCACGCUGGAGGAGGUGCUCACGUGGCUGCUGUCUGCCGAGGACGCGCUGCAGAUCCAGGACGAGGUUUCUGACGACGUGGAGGACGUUAAGGAUCAGUUCCAUACGCAUGAGGAGUUCAUGAUGGAGCUGACGGCGCACCAGAGCAGCGUGGGUAACGUGCUCCAGGUGGGAAACCAGCUGAUUUCUCAGGGCAGCCUGAGUGAGGAGGAAGAGGACGAGAUCCGUGAGCAGAUGACUCUGCUGAACUCGCGCUGGGAGGCCCUUCGUGUAAACAGUAUGGACCGCCAGGCCAGACUUCAUGAAGUUCUCAUGGACCUCCAGCAUCAGCAGCUCCAGCAGCUUUCUGAUUGGCUGAAGGAGACAGAGGGGCGGAUCCGUAAAAUGGAAACAGAGCCCAUGGCGGGAGACAUGCCGGGAUACCUGGCUCAGAUUGAGCAGCACAAAACUCUGCAGAGCGACCUGGAGGCCGAGCAGGUCAAGGUGAACUCUUUGACUCACAUGGUGGUGGUGGUAGACGAGAACAGCGGGGAGAGCGCCACCGCUGCUCUGGAGGAGAAACUUCAGUCCCUGGGCGAGCGUUGGGCCGCGGUGUGUCGCUGGACCGAGGAGCGCUGGACUAAACUGGAGGAGAUCCUGCUUGUGUGGCAGCAGAUGUUGGAAGAUCAGAACCUGUUCAGAACUUGGCUGGAGGAGAAGGAAAAAGAUCUGAGCGAAGUGCAGACCAGUGACCUCCAAGACCCGAGCGAGAUAAACACUAAUGUUCGUAGAUUAGCGAGUCUGAAGGAGGACAUGGCGCAGAAGAGGCGUGUGCUGGGCACUCUGUCCGAGGCGGGGCAAGAUGCGGCGCAACUGCUGAAAAGCCCCGAGGCGAGGCAGCGCAUUGAGACGGACACGGAGGAGCUGACGCAGCGCUGGGAUGACCUGGUACAGAGAUUGGAGGACUGCUCCAAUCAGGUAACCGUGGCAGUCAGAGCUGCAGGGACGCCACAGGUGCAGGAGAGGGUCGUCAUGGAGAUCGUCACCACCGUGGUGGAGCGGACACAGCGUACGGUCACCGACCGAGAGCUCCAGACUCCUGCACCACCGAAGAGACGCCACCUGGAUACAGACACGGAGCUCAGAAAACUAGUGGACAGUGAGAUUCCUGGCCUUUUGUCCUUGUUGGUGAGAUGGAAAAAUUCGGCACAGUCGCUGUCAUCUACACAUCCUCAUGACCUCACCAAAAAACUCCAGGGCCUGGAGGUGGAGCUUACAGAGAAAGAGCAGCGAGUGAAAGAUGUGAUUGAGAGAGGAGAGAAACUGACGGAGGAGUUAGAGAAA